CUGGGGACGGUUACAUUGACGGACCGGAAGGGGUCCGGUAUGUAUUUGGUGUUGCUCCAGCAGUCUGCCGGUUGGUAUCGCAGGGAAUUAAAGCUCAGGGCUGAAUGAACGAAGGCCCAAAAUAUGGCUACUGUGGAAAUGGAUCAAGAACUGGCGAAAAAACUGUUCUUUGAAGGAGGCACGCUUAUAAUACUUGGUGUUCCUGAGGGCACAGAAUUUGGCAUUGAUUAUAAUUGUUGGCAAGUGGGCCCCAAAUUUAAAGGAGUGAAGAUGAUCCCACCGGGAAUCCAUUUUAUGCAUUGCAGCCCUGUGAACAGCAGAGAUAUUCGGAUAACAGGACCACGCACGGGUUGUUUCUUUCAUAUAAAACAGAAGGAAGUUCUAGUGAAGCGAUGGGACAAGAAGGAAGAAGAAAUAGUUUCAGUUGCAGUUUCGGAAGAAGAAAGAGAGCAGAUAAGAGAGAAUCUGACUGAACUGGACAAAUGUUUAGGACCAUAUCCAUAUGAAACAAUGAAAAGAUGGGUCUCUUUGACCAACCUCAUAACAGAUCCCUUGAUUCAGAAGUUGCAGCCUGAAAGUGGGCGAAUUUGUGCAUUUUCUGAAGUGCAGCCAGAGAUUGCACUGCCACAUACAAAAGAUCGAGCAGAACAGAAUCGGUUGCCGUAUGAUACCUUGUGCAAGAGCUAUGAAGAGGGGUUAGCCAGACUGCCCAAGAUGAAAGUUAAAGCUGGUACAGAGAUCAGAUUCACAACAAUUCCAAAACAGAAGUAUCCCGAGGGAGCAUCCCCAGCCGAAAUUACGAAGUGUAGCAUGGACUUCAGCUAUGCCCUAGAUACUGUAAUAAAACAGCGGUACCCUUUGAAUCCAAAAGAUAUAUUAGGUGAAUUGCAGUUUUCUUUUGUCUGUUUCCUGAUCGGACAUGUCUAUGAUGCAUUUGAGCACUGGAAGGAUCUACUUCGUCUCCUCUGUCACUCUGAGGAGGCUGUGACAAAACAAAAGGAUCUCUAUUCUGCUCUCAUCUCUAUCCUGUAUCAUCAACUUAAUGAAAUUCCUUCUGACUUCUUUGUGGAUAUUGUCUCCAAAGAUAACUUCCUCACCACAACCUUGCAGGAGUUUUUCUCUUACGCAUGCAACCCAGAUGUGGACAAAGCUCUGCAGAAGCGGGUGGAAAAAUUUAAAGCUCAUUUAACCAAGAAGUUCAGAUGGGAUUUUGAUGAAGAACCUGAUGAUUGUGCUCCUGUGAUGGUUGAGUUACCUGAAGGGGUGACACUGGGCUGAUUUAAUUAUUUAAUAAAACCUUUCAAAAACCGUUUGGUAAAUGUCUUUCUUUUAUGUUUAUCGAAUUAAGUGUGUAAACUGGCAACAAGCUUGCCUUAUCUUUUAAAUAUUAUUAUAAAAUAUUCAGUAUCUAUUGACAAUAUAAGUUUGUGUGUUAAAGUGCUAUUUUUAUCUGGAUUGUUUUAAUUGUACAUGUUGGGAUCAAUAGAUGUUUAUUCUUCGCUGUUUCGGUUUUGUUAAAAAAAUUAAUGGUGCACUUGCUGAUCAAAUGAAAUGCAAUAUUAAAAAACUAAAGUUCGUUUUUGUUAAGCAUCCUGU